GAAGACAGCAUUAGCAGUGGUGUCUGUUGAGCCAGACCUCUCAGGAAUGACAUGUGUUGCAGAGGUGGACCAGGACCACUGUGACUCUGCUGGGAGGCUGACAGGAAAUAAGGACACUCGGCACACAGAGACAGAGGACAGGAGAGAGGGAGCGUCUGACUUACCUGGUGUAGCCACUUCCACACGGAGUCAAACGCACACAGACCUGGAGAAACAAGCCUUGGAGGAGGAGGAGACGCAGACGGAAGGCCACAGGGAAGGAUGCGGAGAGGGCGAAGCAGCAGCAGACAGCGGCCCGUUGCGCGAAGGUGAGGCAGAGGUGGACGAGCAGCAUCAGCGGCGGCUGGCCCUGGCCUGUCCGCCUGUGGUGACGUACAGGACGUACCGUGGCCAGAGAGAGAGACGCAGGAUGAUGCAGAGGCACCAGGUGCAGGUGGACUUCCCCAUCUCAGAGGGGGAUGAGGCCCUGCAUGACAGGGGUUCAACCUCAGGGGGGGAGGGCAGCCCCUUGGUUGGGGUGACACCCUCCACUUUAGAACUCACUAUUUCAAAGCAGAAUGACAUUCAGACCAUAUCGACCAAUCAGAUUAGAGCUCCAACCUCAGAGACCAAUGAGAGAGGAGCUUGGACUUCCGAAACAGACUCUGCUGUUUUGAGUCCAACUGGACUUGGCUCUAGUCACAUUCCACUAACAAUGCAGACAGCAGAAAGGGCUGGGAGUCAAAGUGCCUUCCCUUUACACAGGGAGGCAGGCCUGCCUACUGUAGGAGCCCAGGCCAAGGACUUUCUCUCUGGGGCUGGCUCAGUCACAGGCACCCCUCCCCCUCCCGCACCCACAGAGGACUUUGUUGAUGCCGGGACGAGUACAGCAGGCAGUGAGACCCACAGUGGGGAGCAGAGCCCGCGGGAUAGAAUCACUCAUGCAGAGAUGGCCAGCGAGGAUACACACAGGGACACAGACAGGGACAGAGACACAGAGCUGAGUGAGCAGACAGAAACCUUAUCUGCACACUGUGUCCAGACUGGGUCACCUUCAGUAGCUGCUGCGUGGCUCAGCGAGCCGCCAGGCACCGGGGGGACUGCGCAGCACACUCAUCUGCUUGCUGCUGUUUCCGAUGUCGAUGGAAGCCAGCUGGCUCCGCAACCCAUUUCACUGUCCGCCUCGCUUGCAUCAGCGGACGAAAGCCAGGGACCCAUGCCAGCAACUAGGCACUCCGAUUCUGGGGACGCAUUGGAUUCAGGCACUGGUGCUGGACUGGACUGCUUUGAGUCAGGGGAGGAGGAGGGGGACGUUGGUCCUUCAGACGAUCUGUUCGGCCAGGCCCUUCAUUUGGAGUCUAAAAUGAUGGUGGAUAACAUUGUGAGGAAUGCUCUAGCGGCCCUGGAGAGAAUAGAAUCCUCUGAGUUGGAGGGGGAUGAAGCGUUCCAGAAGGCCAGUGAGGAGAUUUACCUGGUCCUACCCGCAGGACGAGAGGAGGAGGGCAUGGAGCAGUCCUUCGAGACGGAUAAGCUCCUGGAGGUAAGGCCUUCAGUGAGGGGUGAUGACAAACACCCCUCAGCCUUCCCAGCAGAACAGACCCUCUCGUUGAACCCUAACCCUCUGGCGGAGGGCCCCAGGUCUACCCCCUCCUCGGGGUACGAAUCUAUCGCAGGCUCGGACACUGACAUCAGGAGCAGCCCUGGGCCGGCCUGUGAGAGCAUUGCACCCACCAUCUGUGUCUCAGACCACAGACAGGGAGAACACUGUGCCGAGGGGACCCCAGGCACUGGUUACCAGGUAAAGGUCAAAGGUCAACAAGGGGAAGGGGAAGAGGAUUCCCAGCCAAACGGUGCUAUCACAUCUGAAUACAGUGGCAAUAAGCACCGGGGAGAUGUGUUGCCUCGCUUGAGUGGUGGAGUGUCCCACGAGAAACCAGGUAUCCAUGGUGAUGGUGGGGAUAUUAUUCAAAUAACGAGAGGGAGUCAUAAGUAUGAGUCUGUCUCAGGGAAAACAAAUGAAAACAAAGAUCAGGUGCUCGGCACUUCAGGGGACAAUGGUUGUAACGCGGUGCUAGGCGUUAAAGAAACACAGGUAGGAGACAGAGUAGUCCACGUAGCCAAAGAUGAUAUCGAAAGCAAUAGACAUAGUCCUAAACAAGAUGGUAAGGCUCAAUAUGGUCCUGUUUCUGUGUCCAAUAACUCUGAAAGUCCUAAUAAGCUCAACAGCACUCUGAAUGACAAUACUUCCUUCAAAAACCAAACAGCAUUUCCUGAGACUGAUCUGCUUAGGAAAGGUUCCAAACCUGAAGCUAAGGGCAAUUCUGAGACAGACCUUAUGUCAGUCAGACCAAAACACGCCCAAAACUCCCUACAACCAUCUCAAGUCAGACAUGCUAAAGGGUUGAGGCCUAUUGCCUGUAUAACUCUUCAUGAUGAAGACCAAGAGAGCGGUCCUGAAAUAACGCUGAAUGUUCCUCAGACUGAGACCAAUGGGUCGAAUGGCACUAUGGUCAGUGGGGAUCAAGGCUUUGUCCUGGUUGAGACUUACUUAGCCUCUGUAGUCUCAGAGGGCUCUGACUCUGGAGGUGAGGAGGAUGGGGCCGACAGCAGACCCACAGGCACCAUCUGCAUGGACCCUUCUUCCUCAAGGAGACUCCCCAAGGACCUGAGCACCUCAGAGGGCCUUUUGUCUAAUUCAGCCCCUGGCUCCGGUAACGAGGACAUGCCACAGAGGAGCUCGGUGAGAGCAUAUCGCUGCGAUGUCUCUCCGCAACAGCAGAGUCAGGACUCAGAGUCACCAGGACACAGUGGUGCAGGUUCAGCAGCUGCAGCUAUGGCAGGGUUUCACCAGGACCUGAGCAGCAGGCUAGCUGGGCUUCAUGCUACGGGAGGCCGGCGAGCCCCAGCCCUGGAACCUCUCCUCCCCCUCCUCCCAGUCCCCCAGCUUGCCUUCCAUGACAUGGAGGUGAGCGUUUUUUCCAUUAUCGACGAGGAAGAGGAGACUGAUGCCGUGUUUGUCAAUGACACAGGCCCCAUGCUGAGCCCCACAGCGCGGCGGGCCAAGGCCUAUCCCUUCUCUCUGUCGCCCAUCGUGGAGGAAGACAGUCUCCGCAGCGAGGAAAUGGUGGAGGGGGGGCCUGUCGCGGGAUGA